AUGAUUAAAAUUUUUUUUUUUUUUUUUUUUCAAUUCAAUUUGUGUAAACGAUGCUUGGAACUUGAAGAAUAUUGUACAAAUGUUAUACCAGAAGGUAAUUCUGUGAUGGCAGUGUCACCAGCAGGCGACAUUGUCGGAGUUUGUUUAAAUGGCGCCAUUUUAAAAAACGAGCCAAAAGAUUUUAACGAAUGUCCAAAUGAAAAAUUUAAAAAGGUUUUAUACUUGUUGGCUGCUUGUGAAAAAGAAACAGAUAUUUUUAACAGGUAUCCGGAUUUGGAAAAACUUUUGGACAUAAAAAUAAUAUCAGUUGAUAGUGAUUGGCGUGGUCAAGGGAUUUGCAAAGCUCUUGUUGACUAUACAAGAAAGGUAGCCAAAGAACAAAAUUUUCAAAUGGUGAAAAUAGAUUGUUCCAGUCACAUAUCAGCUUUGGCUGCCAAAAGAUUGGGUUUUGAAAAAAUUCAUGUUUUGAAAUAUUCUGAUUAUAAGGAAGGAGGAAAACAAGUAUUUAAUCCUCCUCCACCACAUUAUGCCGUUCAAGUCUACAUUUAUAAAUUGUAG